UUGGUUUACUCCAGCUCAUGAAAAAGAUAUUGGAUUCCGUCUUUGGUGUUUAGGCGCUUAAUUGACGCUCAAGGUCAUGGCACUGAUAUGCCGUGCUUUGAAAUCUAUCUUCUUAGAUUUCUUUGGUAGAGUCCAGCCCGUAGUGUUCGUUACCGAAACGGCAAUGUUAUACCCCGCACCGUUUUUGGGAACACUAACAUCAUGGAUCGACUCAAUUUAUUUUGCAGUGCCCAAGAAACGUAGAACCAUAGAACAACGGCGCAUACGAAAAUUCCUUUCAUUAAAAUCGGACGAAUACAAGCCUAGAGACGACUUGACACCUUGUAAAUUUUGUGGCUACCUAAACCCUCGAAACUUCAUAUGCACCAAUUGUUACAGUAAAGUACGUGAGGAAACUAAUUUUUUACGUUCUCUUGUCAAUGGUAAACUCCCAAGUGAUCGUGAAGUACGAUUUGUUUAUGAUGGCGAUAACAGUAGCACUCAUGCAGCUACUCCCAAUGAUGAGGAAGUUAAAGUGUCCGGUUCUAGACCUUCAUGGUUUCCAUCUAUUUUACAGAAAAACAGGUCUUCAGGAGGUAGUGAGUGAUAAUUUAUGACAUUACUGUACACUAAGAUUCCAGUUGUAAACAAUUUUAGAUAACAAUAAUUUAUAAAUUUUCAUAAUCAUG